AUGGACGCAGCAGCGCUUGAGGCAUCGGGUAUCAAUCUGAAUUUGACCUCCAUCGUGUUCGCUCUUGCUUGUGCAAGUUUCAUUGCACGUAUCUCCCUGCGUCUUAUUACACGCCGCCGGCUAUACCUUGACGAUGGAUUGCUCUUUUUCGCCUUCGCUUGUCUAUGUGGUGCUAGCGGCAUCAUGUUCAAGCGGUUGCGAGUUGUGUAUCUUGAGUUUGCUGUGUUGAGUGGGCUCAAGUCCGCUUAUUCGCUUGCUUAUGAAGAUAUGGGAAACCUUGUUGCGCAGAAUACCUGGGAGGUCGCAUGGCUGGUUCUGUGCUGGACAGCUAUUUUCGCCGUCAAAUGGUGUUACUUCGCAUUCUUCUACCCAUUGCUUCGAAAUAUGUCCACCCGGUUCACAUGGUACUACCGUGUCGGUAUUUUCCUUUCGGUCGCUUGCUGGAUUACGAUCUGUGUUGCCGAACAGCUCAUUACGUGCCCAUAUCUGGGUGCAGAGGCGGGUGAGAAGUGCUUUCCAACUUUGCCGGCUUCGCAUACCUCAUUAAUGGUCACGUUUUGGUUUUGGCCUGUCCUCGAUGUGAUGGUGGAUAUCAUCAUUGUCAGUAUUCCUAUACUUCUCCUUCGGCGUGUACAGUUGGAUGCCAUGACCAAAAUCGGCAUUGGCUGCUUCGUAUGCCUGUCCGUCUUCAUGUCAGCCUGUGCAAUCACUCGUGCUGCAGGGACAUAUUAUCACGGAUCUCUUGACUACCCGUGGCAAAAUUUCUGGCUCCACAUUGAAGCGUGCAUUGCAGUGCUGAUGGGUUCCAUCACUGCCUACCGAUCGACCCUGAUUGGAUCUAAUGAGGUUUCUGGUCGAUUCCAAGCAUACGUGGAAAAGUUCAAGAGAUCCCUCAAGCGAAGCACAGCAGAGGGAACAACGGAUAAAGCUCCAGAGAACGCCCCCUCUCAAAGUGGGUUUUUCGGAUUACCCCGUCUUCCUCGAGGGUUGGCAACCUUUUCAGGCCUCAAAACACGAUUUGGGCUUAGGAGCACUCAUGGUGCCACUCUCCCUACCACAGCUUCGCUCGACGACGAAUUCUCAGAUUAUCACGCUUUCUUGAAGUCUCCACCGCCCGUGGCAACCGUAGCCAGCUCCAAGUCCCCGGCCUCUCGGGAAAUGAUGCAGUCGAUGGGCUCUUCAACCACAGCCUAUAGCCCGAAUCAAUAUUCCCAGCGCUCACAUUGA